UGUUAUUUUAUUAUAAAUGUUUUAGUAAUUUUAUUUUAUAAGAAUUUACUUUUCUUCAGUUGACUCAAAUUUAUAAAGGUCCCAUUGUAAGAGGCUGUUAUCAUGGUCUAGGUUUAAUAAUGUGGAUACAAGAAAAUGAAAAGCAAAUAUAUGAAGGGUAUUUUUAUGUAAAUCAGAUACAUGGUUAUGGUCGCAUGAUUUAUUCAAAUGGUUUGAUUUUUGAGGUAAUAACAAAACAAUGGCAACUUGAAUAAAUAACCUUUGCAAAAUUGAUUACAGGGACUGUUCAAAAAUAACAUGCGUUUUGGACCAGGUGUGAUGACGUAUCCUGAAAAAUUCCAAGAAGUGGGUUUUUGGAUAGGGGCUCGUAUUGUUCGUCUAAGUUAUAAUUUGACAACGCGUUUAGUUCCAUCAUACUCACCAAAUGUUUCUACCAAAAUAAAAUUGCUUCAAUUCAAACACCUCAUUGAUCUUACCCAAGUUAGUCAAAGUUAUUAAUAUUUUUUUAGAUAAAUAAAAUAUAAGUUAUUAAAUAUUUGAUUCUUAUUUUAGCCACCUCAUUCAAUUAUAAAUAUACGUGACAACAACGAAAAAUAUCUUAAUAAUAAAUACUCAUGUCCAUACACAAGACAUUUUAGCAGUUUAUUUUUUGAUUCGAAAACAUUUGAUACUGAAUUCAUAAUAUCAGAGAAUAACAAAGAAAUAAAAAAAGAGAAUCGAUUCAUAUGUGGCUAUGAUAUGGUCAAUUUGAUACAAAAUAACUAUUUAAAAAUAUCUAACAAAGAAACUCCACAAUCAAAUCACCAGUUUUUAUCGAACUGUAGGAUUGGCAUUGACGAACAAUAUGAAAUUCUAAAUGACAAGUCGUGGUUUGUUAUUAUUAAUAAAAACGAAAAUAUUGAAUCAAAUGAAAAAAAUUCUGAAAAUGAUCAUGAUGAUAUAAUAUGUAACGACCGUAUCUUAGCAUACAAUAACAACACUUUAGACAAAAUGAUACUAGCACAUGCUUAUCAACAGCAAUUUGGUGAAAAGACCUUACUAUACGAUAUUGACGAUGUUUGGAAUGGGAAACGGAACAUGUUCAUGCCCUCGCAUAGUCAUGAGUUAGAAGCUGUAAAGUUGUUGACUAAACUAGAUAUAAACUCUGAAAACAUACAACAUACUAUUCAAAAAUAUGAUAUUGAUUUGGACGUAGCCGAUUCUCUAGGCAAUACUCGUCUCAUGAUUUCUUCUUUUACAGAAAUUGAUGAUGAUGCUGAAGAAAUGAUUUCGACACCGAUUCAAAUAUCUACAAAAAAGUAA